AUGUCCAACAAGGAAGCCUUCACCCACGUUGAGAGCUUGGGCACCCAAGACGUCGCUCAAGAAACGAUUGUACAAGGUUCUGCAGAGCUCAAUGCUGCCGCGCUCCUUGAGAAACCCAUGCCUGGGUCCCCGAUGAUGCUCAAGCUCUACGCCAUCUGCUUUGUCGCAUUCUUGUGUUCAAGCAUCAAUGGUUUCGACGGCUCAUUGAUGACAAGUUUGAUUGGACUACAGCCAUUCAAGUCGUUCUUUGGCGCAGAGUCAGUCGGAGCAAAGACUGGUCUCAUUUUUGGCAUGUACCAGAUCGGAGGUGUCGCAGCACUUCCCUUUGUCGGUCCAGCAUGUGACACCUUCGGCCGAAGGGCAGGCAUGGUCAUUGGAUGCCUCAUUGUCAUCAUCGGCACUGUUGUCUCUGGCACAUCACACAACUUGCAAACUUUCCUUGCUGGACGAUUCCUCCUAGGCUUUGGCAACAGCAUCAGUUCCAGUGCAGCUCCAGCAUAUGUUGUCGAGAUUGCCUUCCCAACAUACAGAGGAACGCUCACGGGGCUCUACAACUGUUGCUACUUUCUCGGAUCGAUUCUUGCAGGUCUCGUCACAUUUUCUAUCGCUGUUGUCGAUGUCAAGACAAACUUAGCUUGGCGCCUGCCGCUGUUCCUCCAGCUGGUCAUGCCAGCAAUCGUUUGCAUGUUCGCCUAUUUCUUGCCAGAGUCCCCUCGGUGGCUUGUCUCCAAUCACAAGACACAAGAGGCCAAGGAAAUCAUUACGAAGUACCAUGGCAGUGGCAACCCGGAGUCUGUCUGGGUCCGUCUUCAAAUGGAAGAAAUUGAGCGCGACAUCUCUACGGAAGGCUCCAACAAGCGCGCUUGGGACUACAGGGAGCUCUUCGCUGGAAGCAAUGCUCGUUGGCGUCUCACCUGCAUGCUCAUCGUCAGUCUAUUUGGACAACUUUCCGGUAAUGGUCUAGUUGGAUACUAUCUUGUCCCUGUUCUUGAGCAGAGUGGACUUAAGGACGCCAAAGAGCAACUCGGCAUCAACCUCGGUAACCAAAUGGCAAGUGCAAUCGCUGCUGUUACUGGAGCGCGCAUCGUUGACAAGGCUGGACGUCGUCGAACGCUCAUUAUUGUUUGCUUCUUGAUGGCAGGUUGCUUUGCUUGCAUCACUGCAUGUACCGCUGUAUUUGCAAAGGAUGCCUCCAACGGCGCCUCCAUUGCCUCCAUCUUCUUCAUCUUUGUCUUCUCGAUCGUUUACUCAUUCGGUCUGACCCCUCUGCAGGCUCUCUACCCAGUCGAGACCCUCAAGUUUGAGUCGCGUGCGAAGGGCAUGGCAUUUUCCUCCCUGGCAGUCAAUGCGGCAUCGCUGAUGAACCAAUUUGCGUUUCCAGUUGCCCUCAAGAACAUUCAGUGGAAGGUUUACUUUGUGUUCAUCGCCUGGAACUGUAUUCAAGGUGUCAUUGCGUACUUCUUCGUUGUGGAGACCAAGGGUCGAACACUUGAAGAGCUCGAUGUGAUCUUUUCCGCCAAGAAUCCGCCCAGGGAGUCGAUCCGCCCGACAAAGUUAGUGGUGACUGACGAGAAGAUCGUCAAGGCCGAGUCUCUGUAG